UGUGUUGCCGCCUCGGACUCAGAAGCGCUUCGGUGAGCGCGGCUGUGAUCUGCAGAGGAGAGAGGAUGACGGGCAGGGGAGAAGGGUGGGUGGCGGGGAGGGAGGAGGGAGGAGGAGGCCCGAGGAGGAGGGGCCGCCCGUGGCCCAGUCAGCGCUGACCAGCCCUUCUGUUUGCAGUGGUGCGGCGUGGUGCGCCUGCGCGAGCCCCCCCCGCUGCGCCCCCCCGGCCCGGCCAAGAAGUUCCAGUGCGACUUCUGCGGCAAGAGUUUCCAGUGGCAGAGCAACCUGCAGCUGCACGUGCGCAGCCACACGGGCGAGAAGCCGUACCCGUGCCUGCGCUGCUCGUACCGCGCCACGCAGCGCUCCGACCUCACCAAGCACAUGCGCAUCCACACGGGCGAGAAGCCGUACGUGUGCCCGCACUGCCCCUACCGCGCCGCCUACACGUCGUCCCUCAAGGACCACAUCCUGCUGCACCACCGGAGCGCCGAGCCGCUGCCGCCGCCGCCGCCGCCGCCGCCGCCCGCGCUGCCGCACUAGAGGGCGGACAGCGGCUGCAGGCGGCCCGCGGGGAGGGCGCGAGUAUCCCUGGCGGCGCCGGCGGGGACGAAGGGCCUCGGCGCCGCCCUCCUCCCGCAGCCCAGCGGGGCCUCGAUGUACUGUGGGAAAAGCUAAGUGCGCCGUGGGGCGCGCCGUGGCGGCGUUGGGGGGGGGGCGCCUGGUGUGCCCGCUGUGCCCGCGCUCCUUCGCGUCGGCCGCCGAGCUGGGCCGCCACACCGCCGCCGCGCACCGCCUCGACAAGCUCUACUGGUGCCAGCAGUGCCACUACCGCUCCGACUCCAAGUCGAACCUGCUGCGCCACCUGCGCACACACACGGGCGAGAAGCGCCACGCCUGCCCCGUGUGCCCCUACCGCGCCGGCCAGCGCUCCGACCUGCGCCGCCACCUGCGCGUGCACGCCCUCCGCCGCGCCCACAACGCCCUGCAGUGCCGCCUCUGCGACUUCACAACUCCCACGCCCGUGGCCUUCGCGCUGCACAUCCUGGAGGCACACUCCAAGGGCGGCGCCCACGACCCGCUGCAGGACGACGCCUAGGCGGGCGUGGGCCGUAGCAGGGGGGCAAAGGGGAGGUGAGGGCAGGAGGAGGGGGGUGAGGGAGGAGGAGCGCAGUGAGCGCCUCGUGCGCCGCGCUUCCCGGCGCCAG